GCCUCCAUCCCCCUGAUCACACUUCCUUAGCAACAUGUCUCCUCCUGUGUGCGCGCACACGGCUCAGCUGUCACACUCCCCGGGGAGAUUGAGGGACGCAUCUCCCCUCUGAAUGAGAAACUCUCCAAACGCGCCAUUACGCGUAGCGGUGCCAGAGUGGAUCACCUUUACAGCUUGAUGGUGUUCAUGUUGGACUGUGUGGAAAAACAUCUCAUGAACCAAAUCAGCAGAUGACACAAGAGGCUUUGAAAGUUCUCGAUUGGUUUGGAUUAAAUUACAAAGAGAACAAAAGAACAUGGGAACGUCACUGCUGCGCCUGGUCGCCGUCUUUGUCGCUGUCCGCGUCAUCCACUGCCGAGCAGUUUGCAACCAAGUUUCACUUAAAUGGCACCUUAAGCAACAAACCGUCCAGAUGAACUGGACCCUCAUAGGAAACAUCUGCAGAAACAUGUCUGAGUGUUGGGACUCUCAGGGGAGAUACGACCCGGGUGAGCCCCUGCUCAGCUUCCCACAGAUAUGUCCACUUCAGCUGCAGCACGGGGACAAACUGCUGAUGUCCGCCGAUGAAUCGCUCAAGUCGUACGGCUUCAGACUCCUCAACGUUUCCAAACGCAACUUUGAAACUUGCUCAACAAACGGACCGAAUGAGGAUCAGUUCCUUUUCCCCCACAACAUAAAUGAAAGUCUGCAAGUGGAGGCCAGGUGGCUUGUCCCCAGCCGCCAUUACUUCAUCGCGGUGCACGAGGGAGACGCGCAGCUGUGCAGUCUUGGCUUGAGGCUCAACGUGUCUGUUAAAACGCAGCUUUGUCAGGCUUCUCCUCUGCUGCGACUUUGUUCGGGGAACGGCAUUUGUCAAACGGACCUCUGGGAAGGUGCAUACCACUGUCAGUGCCACCAACACUAUUCCGGGAGGUUCUGUGAAAAGUUUGACGCGUGCUUGGAUAACCCUUGCAGAAACAAAGGCGUCUGCUUGAGCAAUGGUUCCUCAGAUCCAAAUCACCGAACAUAUAAAUGUCUGUGUCCUCCACAUUUUACAGGCGUUAACUGCUCCGAAGUGGUCGGGAGAGAAAACUGUGACAGAAUCUGUGAAAGUGGCCGAUGUGUUCAAGUGUCCGCAACGUCCUUCAAAUGCAUCUGUGACCCAGGAGUUUUAGGCCCACCUUGUGAGACGAGGACCUGUCAUCCAAAUCCAUGCAGAAACGGCGGCCUGUGUGAGGAGAGCCCCGAAGGGUUUGUGUGCCGUUGUCCAGAAGGAUUCUGGGGCCUCUACUGCGACUCCGGGGCCGACUUGAAUUGCAUGUCAAACGCCUGUCAGGAGGAGCACAUUUGCGCUGCAGGGGAGCGUGCCUCUGAAUGUGUGUGUGCAGAUGGUAAUGUGGACGCAGCGUGCAAGAGGCAGCAGAACCCAUGCAGCCCGUCGCCGUGUCUCAACAAUGCCACCUGCGUGUCCAGGGGAAGUCGUUAUGUCUGCAGAUGCCUGAGAGGAUUUUCUGGGAAAAAUUGUGACGAAAUAAUUGACUACUGCGGGCUGCUCAAUAUCAACUGCCUAAAUGAGGGAUUGUGCUUGAGUGUAAUUGGCGGAUAUCAGUGCGUUUGUGCCCCAGGAUGGAUUGGGGAGUUUUGUCAGUAUGUAGGCGAUGCCUGUCUGAUGCAACCAAAGAGCUGUUUGAAUGGAGCCACAUGCAUUACAACAAGUCAGCCAUCAUCUCCACCAGAGUACACCUGCAGAUGCCCCCCUGGCUUCACAGGAACAAUGUGUGAGACUGAGAUCUACGAGUGUGACUCCAGCCCCUGUCAACACAACGGCACAUGCUCCGACUCGACGGGACACUACGAAUGCCAGUGUCCAACAGGUUUUCUGGGAAAGAAUUGUGAGAAUGACGUUGAUGCUUGUGCUCUGCCCGACAACACGUGUCCACCAACCACUCAGUGCGUGGAUCUGCCAGACGGUCUUGAAUACACCUGCCGUGUACCCUGCACUCAAAACCUUCAACCCUGUGCCAACGGAGGACGCUGCAUCUUGAACGAAGCUGCUAGCUACACCUGUAUCUGUAUGCCUGGCUGGUCCGGUCAGAACUGCCAUAUAAAUGUCAAUGAUUGCGUUCAGCAUUGGUGUCAGAACGGAGCCACUUGUGUAGAUGAGAUUGAUGGUUACAGGUGCCUUUGUCCCAGAGGAUACACGGGCGUUUACUGUGAAGAGGACAUUGAUUACUGUGUUGGCCAUCGCUGUUCUGAACACGGUGUUUGCCUGGACCGGCGGCACAACUUCACCUGCCUCUGCACGCUCGGUUUUGAAGGGUCGCUCUGUGAACUGGAAACAAAUGAGUGCAGCAGCUUCCCCUGCGCGAGCGGUGCCACCUGUGUGGACCUAAUCAGUGGUUAUCAGUGCCACUGUCCCCCAGGGUUUGAGGGAAGGACCUGCUCGGAGAAUGUAAAUGAUUGCUGGUCGGAGCCUUGUCUAAAAGGAGGCUUGUGUAUGGAUCUGAUAAAUGACUACAUUUGUCAUUGUCCCCUUGGAUUCAAGGGGAAGGAUUGCUCUGUGGACAUUGACCUUUGCUCGUUUGGAAUCUGCAGUGAACGCACAUUAAUAUGCACCGAGACCAAUGAUGGACAGAAUGUCUCCUGCACAUGUGAAAGAGGGUUUGCAGGAUCAUUUUGUGAAGUAAAUCUCAAUGACUGCGAGUCAAAUCCGUGCCAGAAUGGUGGUAUUUGUGUGGACGGCGCAGAUCUGUAUCAGUGCUUCUGCUCAGAGGGCUUUGGGGGGUUGAACUGUGAAAUCAACUAUGAUGAAUGUGUCCAUGGAUAUUGCGCCAAUAAUUCCACGUGUAUUGACCUGAUUGCAGACUACGAGUGCAUCUGUCCUCCGGGCUUUGCUGGUAAGAAUUGCUCCAUAUCGGUGUCAGCAUCGUGUGCAUCAGAUGUAGAGGUGUGCAAAAAUGGAGGAACUUGCUCCCAAAGCCCCACUGGAGGAAUACACUGUAUUUGCUGUCCAGGAUACCAUGGCAAUGACUGCUCCUCAUCUGUGACCCAAUGUGUGUCAAAUCCUUGCGACCCUGAGGGGACUCUCCUGUGUGAAGAGCUGGCAGAUACUUACAGAUGUGUGUGUCAACAUGGGUACACCGGGCCGCACUGCAAAACACUUGUGAACCACUGCGUUGAUGGCUUGUGUCAAUGUGGUUCAUCGUGCGUCGAUCUGUCGAGAGGGUUCGAGUGUGAUUGUUUGCCAGGUUUAACAGGCCGGUAUUGCGAGGUAAACAUUGAUGAUUGUGAAGAACGACCGUGUGGAGUCCUGAGUGUUUGUGAGGACACUCUGAAUGGCUACAAUUGCUUCUGUGCACCAGGAUUUAUUGGAAAUAAGUGCGAGAUUGAAGUGAAUGAAUGUCUCAGCCAGCCCUGCGUAAACGGAGGCUCCUGCCUUGAUGAGCUCAACUCAUUCAGCUGCCAGUGUCCCCUCGGAGUCACAGGGGACUACUGUGAAGUCAACAUAGAUGAGUGCAUGUCCUCCCCCUGCCUGCACAAUGCCACUUGUGUUGACCUUGUUAAUGGCUAUGGAUGUGUGUGUCUGCCCGGAUUUACAGGUACAAGAUGUGAACUUGACAUUGAUGAGUGUGCAUCGUCUCCCUGCAAGAAUGGAGCCUCUUGCAUUGACCAGCCUGGAAAUUACUUCUGCCAGUGUGUGGCUCCAUUUAAAGGACAUAAUUGUGAGUUCUUACCCUGUGAGGCCAGUAAUCCCUGCGAGAACGGUGCAGUGUGUGUGGAGGAGUUGGAUCAGGACCAUUUCCCUUUGGGAUUCCGCUGUCACUGUCGCCGGGGCUUCACUGGCCCCCGCUGUGAAAUCAAUGUGGAUGAGUGCAGCUCGAGCCCCUGCUUUCACGGCUUCUGCUAUGAUGUCGUGGACGGCUUUUACUGCCUCUGCAGUCCUGGCUAUGCCGGGCUGAGGUGUGAACAAGACAUCGACGACUGUGUGAACAGUUUGUGCAGCACCAACUCUGUUUGCAAGGACCUCCAUCUGAGCUAUGAGUGCGUGUGCCAUUCUGGCUGGGAGGGGCAGCACUGCCAACAAGAAAUAGAUGAAUGUGUGUCACAGCCCUGCAAAAACAACGCCACCUGCACGGAUCUCCUCAACGGCUACAAGUGUUUGUGCUCAGCGGGCUGGACAGGUGUGGACUGUGCCGAGGAUGUGAAUGAGUGUGAUUCCGGGCCUUGUCUAAAUGGAGCUCAGUGUCAGGAGUCAGUUAUACCUGGGGAGUUCUCCUGCACCUGUCUCCCCUUCUUCAGUGGCCCCUUGUGCAACGAGCCUUAUGACCCCUGUGACCCCCUCCACAGUCCGUGCCGGCACGACUCCACCUGCCUGACACGCUCCAAUGGAACAGCCUCCUGCAGAUGUCCAGCUGGAUUUGAAGGAAGUUGGUGUGAAAUUGACACCAAUGAGUGUGGCUCCAAUCCAUGCCAAAACCACGGCGACUGUGUGGACCAGGUCAACAGCUAUAGCUGUGAGUGUAAGAUGGGAUUUUCUGGCCUUCGCUGUGAAGAAGACGUCAAUGAAUGCACCUCCAGCCCCUGCAGAAACACCGGCAUUUGUCAAGACCUCGUGAACAAAUUCCGCUGCAUUUGCCCUCCUGGUUAUUUCGGAACGCUGUGUGACCUGGAUGUGAACGAGUGUGAAGUUUCACCUUGCCUACACGAGGGCAUCUGUAUCAACACACCCGGAGGCUUCAAGUGUGUCUGUCGCCCUGGAUACUCAGGGGCACGGUGUGAAGUUAACAUCAACGAGUGUGUUUCAAACCCAUGCCAAAAUAGUGGGAGAUGUUUUGAUGGAGCCAAUCGAUACCACUGCAUGUGUCCUGAUGGCUUCAUUGGGCUCCACUGUGAGACUAACCUGGAUGAAUGUGUGUCAGCACCUUGUCUUCAUGGAAGCUGCGUGGAUGGGAUCAAUUUGUUCUCCUGUGUGUGCGAGUCUGGAUGGACUGGCAGCAGAUGUGAAACAAACAUCGACGAGUGUGCUUCCGGGCCCUGUUUGAAUGGAGGCUCGUGCGUGGAUCUCACUGAUAAGUACGCAUGCUUCUGUCAGGAUGGUUACACAGGGAAAACCUGUGAGAUCGAUGUCGACGUCUGCAAAGAGGCCGCUGAUAAUGUCUCAUUGUGUUUCAAUGGAGCCACCUGCGUCGACCGCGAAGGAUCAAACUUUACAUGCAGCUGUCCACCAGGUUUCAUGGGAGAUUUCUGUGAAGUGGAUGUUAACGAAUGUUGCUCGGCUCCCUGCCACAACGGUGCCAUUUGCCAAGAUCUUAUUAAUAGCUACGUGUGCCACUGCAGGUCAGGUUGGACAGGCCUUCACUGUGAGGAUGACAUUAAUGAGUGCCUUCCACAGCCCUGCAACCAGGGGAUAUGCAUUCAGAAUGAUCCAGGCUAUGGCUACACCUGUUUCUGUCGUCCUGGAUUUGUGGGGAAGAACUGUGAGCACAACUAUGAUGAUUGCCUGUCGAAUCCGUGUCCGGACGCAUUUGCCUGUGUAGAUGGCAUCAACAAGGUCAGCUGCCUGCCUCCUGUUACUGAUGCUGUUCCCGUGGUGACUGUAGUCAAGAACAUCACACGCAGCUCCACACCUAAAGUGCCAACGCCGACACUUGGCCCGGCACCAGCAGCUGAGCAAAGCACAGAUUCGAGCUACGUUCAGUACUUUGGGAAUUCGUAUCUUGAGUUCGAGAGUGUCGACCUCAGCGCCCUCAACAACAUUAUUGUGAGAUUCCACACCCAGGCGGCCCAGGGAACUGUGUUCUAUGUGGACCAAGGACCUGCUAAUGGUGACUUCUUCUUCAUGAAACUCUUCAUCUCGGAUGGUGUCCUACAGUACGCCUUCUGCUGUCAUGAAGAGGAGGCGGUCACAAAGAUCAGCACACUGGAACGUGUUGAUGACGGCCUGGUUCACAUUGUUAACAUCAGACAACACCUGACCCCAUGUGAAGCAGAGCUGACUCUUUGGGGCCACGAGAAAAUCAAAAGUUCUGCAAGUAACUUCUGGUUGGGACACACGAUCCAAAACACUACCCACGUCUUUACAGGUGGUCUGCCACAACACUACCCACCCAAUCAGAAAGCAAAACCUUUUCAUAACUUCACUGGCUGCAUCGAAAUCAUUGAAAUGAAUAACCUGAAGAGCUUUCACACAUCUGAUGCCCUCGCCAGCAGCAAUGUGGACCAAUGCAGAUAUACAUUAUUUGCCACCGAAGCCCCUGCAACAACUUCCUCAAUUUUGACAACUCGAUCAACCAUCACUGACACAGUGAACACAACAGCACCAGCAGCUCCCACACAAACAACAACACCUCCCCUGCACCAAACUCAAGUUUGCCUUGAAGGUUUCUGCCGCAACGGAGGAACGUGUCACCAGCUGCAGCUUCCUGGUGGAGCUGUUCCUUCCUGUCACUGCCCGCUUCACUUUACUGGAACUUUUUGCGAAAAAGAUGCCAAAGUAUAUAUCCCCUCAUUCGAUGGCACAUCUUAUUUGGAGCUGCAGCCUCUUGCGUCCCUUCUCCAGCCUUAUUCUGUGCCUGCUACUGUCAAGGACACCGCUGUUAUUCUCUAUCUGACAGUGAAAGCAAGAUCUGCACAGGGCACCAUCCUCUACUCUCAGGAGCAGAACUUUGGGGAUCAGUUCCUUCAUGUGUUCCUUCAAGACGGAAACCCUGUUGCUAAACUGGGGUGCGGUGGCAGUCACGUUUUGAAUGUCGCUGCAGAGCAGAACAUCAACAAUAACAGAUGGAUUCCAAUCACAAUCCGAUACAAUCUGCCUGUUGGCAAACAAGGAGGGUCAUGUAUGAUUGGAAUAGCUGCAGAUAAUGGCACAGCUCAGCGUCUCGAGGAGUACGUGUCGCAUCCCAAGUCAGAGGGAACCUUUGGACCCAUAUUUCUUGGAGAUGUCUCGUCCCACUGGGAGAUGCAUGACAGGAGUGCGAAAGGGGCAAGGAGAUUCAUCGGCUGCAUCAGGGAACUUCAGGUCAACGCAAAGGAGAUUUACCUGGUGGGCGAGGCAGUGAGAGGGAGAAACAUCAAAAACUGCGACCCGCCUGUCUGCCAACAUCUUCCCUGUCGUAAUGGAGGAACUUGUGUCAGCGAUGCCGAGGACUGGUUCUGCGAGUGCCCGCCGCUGUACACGGGCAGGCUGUGCCAGUUCGAUGCCUGCGAGCGCAACCCCUGCGGUCACGGAGCCACAUGCAUCCCAAAGUCACCGUUGGAGGUCGUGUGUCUCUGCCCCUACGGAAGACAAGGUCUACUGUGUGAUGAAUCCAUCAACGUAACUCGAGCCAGGUUCAGUGGAAGCGACGAGUUUGGUUACACCUCCUUCGUGGCUUAUUCCUCCGUCCCGAGCCUCAGCUUCUUCUACGAGUUCAGCCUGAAGUUCACGCUCGCCAACAACUCAUCUGCCGUGAAAGACAAUCUGAUCCUGUUCGCUGGGCAUAAAGGACAAGGAGACGAUGGUGAUGACUUCUUUGUGUUGGGACUACGAAGCGGACGAGUUGUGCACCGAUUUAACCUCGGAUCAGGUGUAGCAACUGUAGUCAGUGACCGACUGAACCAGCAGGUCAACAUUCACACAGUCACAUUUGGGAGGUCCAAGAAAACAGGAUGGCUGAAGGUUAAUGGUCAACGUAACAGGACGGCAUCGUCUCCCGGACCCCUGGUGGGCCUCAAUGUUUUCAACCAGCUCUUUGUAGGUGGAUAUAAUGAGUACACCCCUGAACUGCUGCCACUUGGCUCCAGGUUCCGUCAGGGCUUUCAGGGGUGCAUUUUUGAUGUGCUGUUUCGCACAAGAAGAGACAGAAAGUUCCAGGCACUGGGACAGCCUGCGGGACAUCCAGCCUUUGGGCGCAGUGUGGGUCAGUGUGGAGUCACGCCAUGUGUUCAUAUUCACUGCAGGAAUGGAGGGACAUGUGUGGACUCGGGCUCAUCUGUGUAUUGCCAGUGCCCAUUUGGAUGGAAGGGAGCUCUCUGUUCUGAGACCGUGUCUGUGUGUGAUGUGGAGCACAGCCCCCCUCCUCUGUGCGCCCCCGGCUCCACCUGCAUCCCUCUCCCAAACGGAUACACCUGCCAGUGCCCCCUGGGGACAGCAGGGCUCUACUGCGAGAAAGCCGUGACCAUCAGCGAUCCAUUCUUCAGCGGCAACCUGUCCUCGUGGAUGUCAUUCCCACCCAUGGGUGUCAGACACAGGACAGUUCUGCAGCUGCAGUUCCAGCCUUUGUCACCGGAUGGCAUCCUUGUGUAUACUGCACAGCACCUUAGUGCCAGAGCUGGAGACUUCUUCUGCCUCUCCUUGAAAUCUGACUUCGUCCAGCUGCGAUACAAUCUGGGUGACGGCACCCGCAUCCUGCAGUCUGUCGACAAAGUGGACUCGAGCGGUAGGACCUGGCACAGGGUGACGGCAGGCCGAGUCGGCCACCGAGGCUUCCUCAGUCUGGACGAUAAGGAGGUUAGAGAGAAUGCAACUGAAGGGAUGACCACCCUCGACGUUGCUACGGACAUCUUUGUCGGUGGGGUUUCCACUUUGAGUUUCGUCUCCACUGAUGCAACUGAAGGGGAACCAACCGGCUUCACAGGCGGCAUUAGAGAACUUAUACUUAACGAUGAAGAGCUGGAGUUAACGGAGAUGGGGGCAGUGAGCGGAGCAAACAUUGGGGACUGGGAUGGGACCGCAUGUGGGUACAAGGUCUGCCAGAAUGAAGGUCACUGCAGGGCAACGGGGAGUGACUCAUUCACAUGCGUGUGCCCACCAUCAUGGACUGGCUCUGUGUGCAACCAGUCCAUAAGCUGUGCAAACAACAUCUGCAAACACGGUUCCUUGUGUGCUACGUCUAAUGUGACCUCAUACCACUGCAUGUGCCCCCUAGGAUGGGGAGGAAAGCACUGUGAUGCAGAAAUAUCCACAGACGUGCUCAAGUUCGUGGGAAACUCGUAUGUGAAAUACUCUGACCCGAGAUACAACACAAGAAAUUUAAAAUACACACGGGUGUCUUUCAGCUUCCUGACAAGCUCCAAUGACAGUUUGAUCAUGUGGAUGGGGAAAGCCGAACAUGAAGACGAUGACUACCUCGCAGUCGGACUCGAGAGCGGCCACCUCAAAAUCACAGUCAAUCUCGGGGAGAGGCUCUCCCUCCCGUUAAUGUUCAGAAAUCUAACCCUCUGUUGUAACAAAUGGCAGAACAUCUCCUUAUCUUUGAACAGCACCGUCCUUCAAGUGUUCCUGAACAGUAAGAGAAUCCUGUUCGAAGACGUGGACCCGUUUGAGCGAUAUGUGGCCUUAAACUACGGUGGUCAGCUUUAUUUCGGGGGGUUUGAGUUACACAGAAACGUCUCGAUCGUCACUUCCGGGCUGUUUUCAAAAGGCUUUGAUGGAAAUCUAAAAAACGUUUAUUUAUUUGACGACACCAAGCCAGUGCUGUUCCUAAAAAACAGUGAUGGUUUUAAUGUUUAUGAGGGGAAUGAAUAGUAGUGAAAA